AUGGCUACACUUCUUCCCCAGAAGCGAGUUCUGGGCGAGGCCGGCACUCGCCAAAAUAUACCCCCCUCGACUCCCGGGUCGACCAAGAAGCGCAAGACCAAGACGGACAUUUUCUCAUCAUCACCAGCUUCCAGAUUUACUGGCUCUCAAAGAGACCCCAGAGCAAAGCUCGGUUCAAGCCAGCCCAAGAGCACGUUCGAAACCGACGUCCUCGAAAAGCUAAGCCAAGACAUAUCGGAUCUCAAGCGCAGCAAUGUCGAAAAGGAUCAAGCGUGGGAGCGUCCGCCAGUCCAGGACUUUGACCCGUCACGGGAUAGCUUGUGUUUCCAGGCCAUUGAAGCUGAGGAAGGCACCCUGCACGGGGGCAAAGCAACGGUGAAGCUGUUUGGAGUCACCCGCGAGGGCCACUCCGUCAUGCUUCACGUCACCGACUUUAAGCAUUACCUCUACAUACAGGCUCCAGUCAUGUUUCAGCCGCAAGAUGUCAACGCCUACAAAGCUUAUCUCGACUCGCAGAUUCCUCAGCACCAGCCCGCCAUUCACCGCGUUGACUUUGUCUGCCGAGUAGACAUAUACGGCUUCCAAGGCAACACGCAGAAUCCAUACCUUAAAAUCACUGUUACCGACCCCAAGUUCAUCAAUAAAGUCAGGUCCACCAUUGAAGGUGGUAAUGCCAACUGGAAGGGCAUGUGGAAGGGGGCUGCUGAUGGCAUCAAGACAUAUGACAAUAUUCAAUACGUCCUCAGAUUCAUGGUGGACUGCAAGGUCCAAGGCAUGUCAUGGGUCGAAGCGCCGGCGGACAAGUACAAUCUCGUGCCCGAAAAUCAAAGACAGUCCAACUGUCAGAUCGAGGCCGAGGUACCCUACCUAGACCUGAUUGCUCAUAAACCGGAGGGAGACUGGGCCAAGAUGGCCCCUCUUCGCAUCUUGUCUUUCGACAUUGAGUGUGCCGGCCGCAAAGGAAUUUUUCCCGAGGCUAACCAAGACCCCGUCAUUCAAAUCGCCAAUAUUGUCACCACGUACGGUGAGAAGAAGCCGUUCGUUCGAAACGUAUUCUGCCUCGAUACGACAAGUUCUAUUGUAGCCACGCAGAUACUGGAAUUCGACAAGGAAGACAAGAUGUUGAGCGACUGGCAACAAUUCCUCAUCAAGGUCGAUCCCGAUAUCAUAAUCGGAUACAACAUUGCCAACUUUGAUUUUCCCUACCUGCUGGACAGAGCAAAGCACCUCGGCGUCAAAGGUUUCGAGUACUGGUCCCGGCUUCCAAGUGUUCAGACCAGAGUCAAGGAAACAAACUUUUCGAGCAAGCAGAUUGGCAACCGAGACACCAAGGCUACCAACACCAACGGACGGCUGCAACUAGAUCUCUUGCAGCUGAUCCAAAGGGAUCACCAUCUGCGAAGCUAUACCCUCAACUCUGUGUGCGCCCAUUUCCUGGGCGAGCAGAAAGAGGACGUGCACCACACCAUGAUUACCGAGCUAUUCAAUGGCACGCCAGAGUCGAGACGACGCCUGGCACUGUACUGCCUGAAGGAUGCCUACCUGCCGCAGCGACUGAUGGACAAGCUCUCAUGUUUGGAAAACUACACCGAAAUGGCGAGAGUCACGGGGGUGCCGUUCAACUUUUUGCUCUCCCGCGGUCAGCAAAUCAAGGUCGUCAGCCAGCUGUUCCGAAAGGCUCUGGAGCACAAGUUGGUCAUACCCAACAUCAAGUCGGAUGCCUCGGACGAACAGUACGAAGGCGCUACUGUGAUUGAGCCGGUCCGAGGAUACUACGACGUGCCCAUUGCGACGCUCGAUUUCGCGUCUCUGUACCCGAGCAUCAUCCAAGCCCACAACCUCUGCUACACCACCCUUCUACCCGACAAGAAGCUUGCUGAAAGACUUGGCCUCGUCAAAGACGAGGAUUACAUUGUCACGCCAAACGGCGACAUGUUUGUCACGACGAAGCAGAGAAAAGGCCUGCUGGCCGAGAUUCUCGAAGAACUAUUGACUGCCCGUAAGCAGGCCAAGCGUGAGCUGGCGCGGGAGACGGAUCCGUUCAAAAAGGCUGUGCUCAACGGUCGUCAACUGGCCCUGAAAAUCAGCGCCAACUCCGUGUACGGCUUGACCGGGGCUACGACGGGAAAGCUGCCUUGCCUUGCCAUUGCAAGUAGCACGACCAGUUUCGGACGGCAAAUGAUUGAGAAGACAAAGGACGAAGUUGAGAGCAAGUACAACAUGGCGAAUGGGUAUUCGCACGAUGCGCAGGUUAUUUACGGUGACACGGAUUCCGUCAUGGUUAAAUUCGGCACCAAGGAUCUGGCCGAGGCCAUGAAGCUGGGUGAAGAGGCCUCACAUUUCGUCUCGUCCAAGUUUAUCCAACCCAUCAAGCUCGAGUUCGAGAAGGUAUACUUUCCAUACCUCCUAAUCAACAAGAAGCGAUACGCCGGGCUGUACUGGACCAAGACGGAAAAGUAUGACAAGAUGGACACCAAGGGUAUUGAGACGGUUCGACGGGACAACUGCUUGCUGGUCCAAACCGUCAUUGAAAAGGUGCUGAGGAUGAUUUUGAUUGAUCGAGACGUUGAUGGCGCGCAAGACUAUGUCAAGGAGACGAUUGCCAACCUGCUACAAAACAAGGUCGACAUGUCCAAGCUUGUCAUCACAAAAGCCUUGACCAAGGACGACUAUGCCGCCAAGCAGGCACACGUGGAACUGGCGCACCGUAUGAAGAAGCGUGAUGCGGGUUCGGCGCCAGCUCUUGGUGAUCGCGUCGCCUACGUCAUGGUCCGUGGCGCUACGGGGGCCAAGAACUUUGAGAAGUCGGAAGAUCCGCUCUACGUGCUGGAGCACAACGUGCCAAUUGACACCAAGUACUACCUGGACAAUCAGCUGGCGAAGCCCUUGGGACGCAUUUUCGAACCGAUCCUGGGCGAGACCAAGGCAAGAACUCUGCUGACUGGAGACCACACGAGGACGAUUUCCGUAGCAGCGCCGUCGGUGGGUGGGCUGAUGAGGUUUGCGAAAAAGACGCAGACCUGCAUGGGCUGCAAGAAGCCGCUCACGGGCAAGCAGGAGAGCGGCGGCGCGGUCUGCUCCGACUGCGCGCCGCGAGUCGGGGAGCUGUACAAGAGAACGUUGGACAAGGUGUCGGAUCUCGAGGUGCGAUUCGGGCGGCUGUGGACGCAAUGCCAGCGGUGCCAAGGCAGCAUGCAUUGCGAGGUCAUCUGCAGCAGCAAAGACUGCCCCAUCUUUUACAUGCGAAUGAAGGCCAAGAAGGAUCUGGAGGAUGCAGGCAAGGACCUGUCCAGGUUUGACCUGGACGCUGCCGCCAUAUGGUGA